AUGGGUGAGACCGGCGGAGGUGUGUGGUUGUCUGAGUCAUUUCAGGAGCCUCAUGUGGGUGGUGAUAGGCUCGGUGGUGUUUGGAAACCCGAGGAUUCCUCUCUCCUUCGUUAUGACGUCGGCAUUAUGACCAAUGGGUGUAUGCUUGAAGUGCAAAAUCGUGUGCUUGGGUUGGUUGUUGGUGUCGGGUUUCACAAUGUGAGCACGGCAACGGCAACGGCGACGGCAGCUUCAGUUUGGGCAUGGAUUGAUGGUGGCAAAGCUUGGUUAGAAAAGGUCUCCCUUCGUCGCCCCGCCAUUCUCAUGCAAAUCGCUGUCUUGCCAAUCGGAAAGUUCAUGGCCAAAACUCUGCCAAACAAGGACUUCAAUUUGUUGGGCUUUAAGUUCAACUUGAACCCCGGUCCCUUCAACAUGAAGGAGCAUGUCGUCAUCACCAUCUUCGCCAAUUGUGGGGUCUCCUCUGGCGGAGGACUCUUCUGGCUCUUCAUCUGAGAGAGAAAAAGAGAGCACAGGAAGUGAAGGUUAUCAUCUAGCUGUGCUCUUCUACUUCUACGCUACCGUAACUGCUUGACGAAGUCAGUACAACUCUUCCUUUCCGCUCCUCACAUCUCUUGAUCUGAAUUGGUUUACCUCGGUCUCAGACUGAUUGGGUCUUUUGUAGACACUGGAUUGUGGGAUCUUGAAGUGAUUCAAGUUGGUUGCAGUAUCUAUUUGUGCCUGCAAAUUGGUA